AUGGCUAGAAGAAGAUUUUUAAAUUUAGAGAAGAAACUAAUCAAAAAUGCUACAUUAGCAAGGAGUUACAAGGCAUUCAUGGAUGAGUAUAGGGACUUGGGGCACAUGGAAUUAGCUGAUCAUGAUUACCGAGGUCCGACAUAUUAUUUACCACAUCACGCUGUGUUUAAGAUGGAUAGCUCGACAACCAAGAUUCUAGUAGUAUUUGAUGGGUCUGCUGCUGCUUCAUCCGGUCUAUCACUGAACGACAUCCUUCUUCGAGGACCAAAGCGUAUAUUCUUCCGUACCAGCCCUGAUGAAGCCUUGCAAGAGUACAAACUAAACACUGUUACUUAUGGUACCAAAUCAGCCUCAUACUUAGCCACUCGUUGUCUUCAUAACAUUUCUCCAGAUAGUCAUGAUAGUUCAGUUAAAUUUAUCCUUGCUCAGAAUUUCUAUGCUGAUGACUUAUUAAGUGGAGGAAGAUCUGAGGAUGAAUGUUUUGAAAUACAUCAACGUUUACAAUUAAUCUUAAAUCAGUUGAAUGAGGAAGAUAUGAUAAGCACCCUUGGGUUACUUUGGCAACCAACCACAGACACAUUUCAUUUUGCUGUUAAAGACUGCGUUUAUGACCCUAUUGGUUUAAUCACCCCUGUACUCAUAAAAGGCAAGAUACUCCUACAACAACUAUGGACUUUUAAAUUAUGUUGGGAUGAUGCAAUUCCCAAUGAUUUGCAAGUUCGUUGGAUUAAAUUUUACUCCAGCUUGCAAUUACUUACUCAAUUAAAAAUUCCAAGAAGAGUGAUUUCUGGAGAUUAUAUUAAGUUAGAACUUCAUGGCUUCUGCGAUGCUUCACAAGAGGCGUUCACUCCAAUUCAACAUUCAACAAUCCCUCGGCUAGAGCUGUGUGGAGCCUUACUUGUAGCAGAGCUGAUAUCUGAGGUUGAAGCUGAAUUGAAGUUAUUAAAUAUUAUCAUAGCACCCUCAGACGUCUACCUUUGGACGGAUUCCACUAUUGUUAUUUCUUGGAUUCGAAGCCAGAAUCUGUUUCAAGUUUAUGUCUCAAACAGAUUGGCUCGUAUCCUCGACUUAACCACGUCCAACCAAUGGUUUCAUGUGCCUACAAAUCAUAACCCCGCUGACCUCAUAACAAGAGGUCUAGAUGCUGGCUCAAUUUCCUCAUCGCAACUAUGGUGGAUUGGACCAACUUGGCGACGAAAACAAAACAUAGUUGGUUUCAUUCGUAGUGAAAUACUUCAAUGGGCAAAGCAUUUUGGGUUGUUGAAAACUCAAGCUGAAGCCUUCCCUGAUGAAAUUGCUGCUCUUAAAGUCAGUAAAUUAGUCCCACGUCAUAGCUGCCUCAAGCAACUGAACCCUUUCAUUGAUACACUUGGUCUGAUUCGUGUGGGUGGUCGUCUCACCAAUGCCUCCAUUGCGGAUUCAAAAAAAUUUCCAAUUGUAGGUUCUAACCUUUCAAAG